UCUGUCCGUCCAUUGUUCCCGCGGAUCUUUGAUUGCCAAUGCCAAGGGUUUAGCUGAGAUUUUCUAUUUACUUUACUCAUCUGCCCAUAAACAGACGAAUAAAAAAAUAGAAUAAUUGCAACAGAAAAAAAAGGGGAAUAAUUGCGAUGAUCCCUUCUCAUAUGCAAAUGGGAACACAAGACGGAUGGUGUGAGAUUUUUCUAAUCAGGAGAUUCUCCUGAUUCUCAGUGGCUUUAUGUGCUUCGGUUGAAGUGAGAUUUGGUGCUGCGGGAAAUGGGGGUGAGGGGUUUUUCUUGCUGGGUUCUUCUUCUUCUUGCUGCUCUCUCCAUUUUCCCUGUUGCUGUUGCCAAAGAUCCUUUCAAGUCCAUUUUAGGACAAGAAAAUCUAGGAUCUUGGAAGGAUCAAAUACUGAAUUCUACUGCAGAAGCUCCAGGGCCUUUCAGUGACGUCGGCACGCUUGUAUUAGCCGAAAAUCGGACAAAACGGCCCGACAUUCUUUCGAAAUUUCAUAAAUAUAGAGGUGGAUGGGACAUUACCAAUCAGCAUUACUGGGCAUCUGUGGGAUUUACAGGUGCCGCAGCAUUCAUUGUCGCCGUCGUGUGGUUCUUCUCCUUUGGGACAGCUCUUGUGGUGCAAUACUUUUGUGGAUGUAAGAUAAACCUCGGGUACAAAGAAUCGAGCUGGUCCCUUUGGAUAUAUCUUUUGCUGCUUGUUGCUUUUACCACCGCUGCAGCGGUUGGAUGUAUUUUGCUGUCGGUUGGACAGGAUGAUUUCCAUGGAAAAGCAUUGGAUACUUUGGAUUAUGUAGUGAAUCAAUCGGAGUACACUGUUCAUGUUCUCAGAAACGUCACGGGUUAUUUAUCGCUGGCUAAGACAGUCAACGUCGCGCAAACUUUCCUACCUUCGGAUGUUAAAGAUGGUAUCGAUAAGAUUAAUGUUGAUUUAGAUAAUGCUGCAGACAUGUUGGAGCAGAAGACCGAUGAAAACUCGAGGCGGAUACAGAAAGUCUUCAAUACAGUGCGUUCGUCGCUUAUUGUUGUUGCAGCUGUGAUGCUCCUCAUAUCCAUCGUAGGCCUUGUGCUGUCUAUCCUCAGGCAUCAACAUGUGAUACACAUAUUCAUUGUCAGCGGAUGGCUGCUCGUGGCAGUUACGCUUGUCCUUUGUGGUGUUUUCGCUAUUCUAAACAACGCAAUUUCCGACACUUGUCUAGCAAUGGGAGAAUGGGUGGAGAACCCGCACGCCGAGACAGCGCUUAGCAACAUCCUUCCGUGCGUCGACCAGCGAACCACAAAUCAGACGCUGUUCAAGAGCAAACAAGUCAUCAACAACAUCGUAAACAUAGUGAACGUAUUCGUAAGCUCGAUCGCCAACUCGAACCCGCCUCCACAAGCUACCCCGAAUUACUACAACCAGUCAGGUCCCGUCGUACCACAGCUCUGCUACCCAUACGACGGCGAUCUACAAGAUCGACCGUGUUCGCCUCAGGAGCUGUCCAUGGAAAACGCAUCUCUGGCGUGGCAGAACUUUACAUGCACGAUGUCGUCGAGCGGUCUGUGCGCGAGCGUCGGGAGGCUGACUCCGCCGAUAUACACCGAGCUGGUGGUGGCGGUAAACGUGAGCUACGCACUCGAGCAUUACGCCCCGCCAUUGCUCAGCCUCCAAGACUGCAAUUUCGUACGCGACACGUUCACGAACAUCACGGCGAGAUACUGCCCGCCGUUGGAGCACGAUCUCCGGCUCGUCAACGCCGGUUUGGCGCUCAUCUCGGUAGGCGUCAUGCUGAGCCUGGCGCUGUGGAUGCUCUUUGCAAACCGCCCCCGAAGGGAGGAAGUGUUCGCUAAAUUAAGAGGCAGCUGCAGUGGCAAGAACACCAGCAAGAGUGGCAACAAUAGUGUAGCUACAUCAACUGGUACCACUCCAAGAAUUGGAGCUUAGAGUGCCUUUCUGUAUGUCGAUCACAGCAAGAAAUGGUGUUUUUGGGCUAACGUAGAUUUAAAGAAAGGUUGUCUGUAUUAAACUAUUAUUGUUUAUUUUAGUGUUAAAUCUGAUUAUGGAAAUAUAAGAAAAAUCAAAUCUUGAAAAUA